GCGCACAAGCCGGCGAGCCGGGGAGCUGUGCGCCCGGCAGCCUGCGGGCGGCGGCGGCCGACUGGCUCGCGGGGAGAGGGGUGGCCAGGAGGGCCGGAGGAGGAGCUGGCGCUGCAGCCGGGCCCCCUCGGGCCGCGCCCCGCCUUCUGCCGCCACCUGCGCGUCCCCUCCGGGCUCUCGCGCCCCGGGGCUGUGUGGGCUCUCCCUGCCGCAGCGGCGGUAUCACCGCGUCCACCAAUUAGAAGACUCGGCGUUUGGCUCCUUGGGGCGCGGGAAGAGCGGCAGGCGCUGCCGGUUCUGGCGAGCGGAGGGUGCGCCGACGCGCGUCCCUCCCCGCCGCGCUCCCCGCGACGUUCGUGGAGGGGGGUAUACAGAACUGCUGUGACUUUCGAGGUCCGACUCCGCCUUCCGGCUAGCCUCUCGACGCGCCAGCUCGGAGAGAGGCCGGCGUGACCGGCAGGCCCCGAAGGCUCACUGCGUGGGCUCAGGACUUGGAACGUGUCCGGGAGCCCGCGGCGCUGUGCGCGCUGGUGAGUUUGGCGGCGGGGUGCGGUGUCCCUGGGCGCGAGGGGGCGGAGAGGACGUCGCGCUCUGCCCCUUCGCCCGCCCCCUAGUGCUGCCCCCACUUUAAGAGUAAUUGAGACUUGAGCGUGACUGCGGAGCCGCGAGGAUGCGGGCGCUGGCCACGGGCUAUUCCUCAGCCCGGCGUGAUGGAACGGGUCGGUGAGCGUAACAAAGGCGCCCGCCCCGGGGAGUCGGUCCUCCGCUGAAGACCGCGGCCGGCGCUCCGCGACGGCUGCCUGCGGACUAGGCUAGUGGCUGUGCGGCCGGAGGCGCGGUGCGCUCCUCCGCGGGCGGGCGACGAACCCUGAGCCCGACACCUGCGCGCCGCUCCCGCCGCGGCGCCGGGGCAGCCCCGCCUGCCGGCCCCUGCGUCCUCAGCCCGGCUCCCGGCGGCCGGAGGUCCAGCGGCGAACCACUUGCUGGUGCAGAGGAGAGACACCCGGCCCCUCGCCGAGAAGCCGAGGCGACCGGUAGGGGCUGCGCGCCGAGGACCGAGUAGGCAUCUUGGGGAGCAGUUCUGCAGACCGAGGGCUUUCACGUGAGCCAUCUCUCUCUCCCCGCGACCGCCCGGACCUCCUAACCGUCUACGCUGCCCCAGCCUCCGCGCCGUGGGGCCGGGAGCGGCUGGUAUCCUCGCCAGCCGUCCGGAGCGCUUGGCUCACACGCACGGCCCCCGGCUGCCCCGCGCCUCGCCAGAGCCCGAAGGGGCGCGGGUCCGGGGCGAGGGCCGGCUGGGCGUGUUUGAUGGCUUCACUGAGAAGAGUCAAAGUGCUGUUGGUGUUGAACUUGAUCGCGGUGGCCGGCUUCGUGCUCUUCUUGGCCAAGUGCCGGCCCAUCUCGGUGCGCAGCGGAGACUCCUUCCAUGAGAUUCGGCCGCGGGCCGAGGCCGCUAACCUUAGCGCGCACAGCGCCAGCCCCAUCCAGGAUGCGGUCCUGAAGCGCCUCUCGCUGCUCGAGGACAUUGUCUACCGGCAACUAAACGGUUUAUCCAAAUCCCUUGGGCUCAUUGAAGGUUAUGGUGGGCGGGGCAAAGGAGGCCUUCCUGCCACCCUUUCCCCUGCGGAAGAAGAAAAAGCCAAGGGACCCCAUGAGAAGUAUGGCUACAAUUCCUACCUCAGUGAAAAAAUUUCACUGGAUCGUUCCAUUCCGGAUUAUCGUCCCACCAAGUGUAAGGAGCUGAAGUACUCCAAGGAGCUGCCCCAGAUAUCCAUCAUAUUUAUCUUCGUGAACGAGGCCCUGUCGGUGAUCCUGCGCUCAGUUCACAGCGCAGUCAACCACACGCCGACCCACCUGCUGAAGGAAAUCAUCCUAGUGGAUGACAACAGUGACGAAGAGGAGCUGAAGGCCCCCUUGGAGGAGUAUGUCCACAAACGCUACCCCGGGCUGGUGAAGGUGGUGAGAAACCAGAAAAGAGAGGGACUGAUCCGAGCUCGUAUUGAGGGCUGGAAGGUGGCCACUGGCCAGGUCACCGGCUUCUUUGAUGCCCACGUGGAGUUCACCGCUGGCUGGGCCGAACCGGUCCUCUCGCGGAUCCAGGAGAACCGGAGGCGUGUGAUCCUUCCCUCCAUCGACAACAUCAAGCAGGACACCUUCGAGGUGCAGCGGUAUGAGAACUCGGCCCACGGGUACAGCUGGGAGCUGUGGUGCAUGUACAUCAGCCCCCCGAAAGACUGGUGGGACGCCGGAGACCCCUCCCUCCCCAUCAGGACACCAGCCAUGAUCGGCUGCUCAUUUGUGGUCAACAGGAAGUUCUUUGGUGAAAUCGGUCUUCUGGACCCUGGGAUGGAUGUGUAUGGAGGAGAAAAUAUCGAACUUGGAAUCAAGGUGUGGCUGUGUGGGGGCAGCAUGGAGGUCCUGCCUUGCUCACGGGUGGCCCACAUCGAGCGGAAGAAGAAGCCAUACAACAGCAACAUCGGCUUCUACACCAAGAGGAACGCUCUACGGGUUGCCGAAGUCUGGAUGGACGACUACAAGUCUCACGUGUACAUAGCGUGGAAUCUGCCGCUAGAGAAUCCAGGAAUUGACAUUGGCGAUGUCUCCGAAAGAAGAGCCUUAAGGAAAAGUUUAAAGUGUAAGAAUUUCCAGUGGUAUCUGGACCACGUCUACCCAGAAAUGCGAAGAUACAAUAACACCGUUGCCUACGGGGAGCUUCGCAACAACAAGGCAAAAGACGUCUGCUUGGACCAGGGGCCAAUGGAGAACCACACGGCAAUACUAUACCCGUGCCACGGCUGGGGACCCCAGCUGGCUCGCUACACCAAGGAGGGCUUCCUGCACUUGGGUGCCCUGGGGACCACCACGCUCCUCCCUGACACCCGCUGCCUGGUGGACAACGCCAAGAGUCGGCUGCCCCAGCUCCUGGACUGCGACAAGGUCAAGAGCAGCCUGUACAAGCGCUGGAACUUCAUCCAGAAUGGCGCCAUCAUGAACAGAGGCACGGGGCGCUGCCUGGAGGUGGAGAACCGAGGCCUGGCGGGCAUUGACCUCACGCUCCGCAGCUGCACGGGGCAGAGGUGGACGAUCAAGAACUCCAUCAAGUAGUCUGGGGAGCCGGGCCCCCGGGACAGGGCCUGCCAUGCUCUGGACCAGCCACACCGGGGGAGAAACAGCGAGACACCGGGGGGUGCUCGGUGGGGCUUCUCCAGGGCAGCCCAGGGCCCCCGGUGGAGACUCUGCCUCUUCAUCAGGCAUCCAGCUUCCCGAGGCUCACGCACCCUGGGAAAGGCCCCUGACCCUUCUCUGGGAACCCAGAAGCCGAGUCUUCUGCAGCCCAGAUGUGGAUCUGGUACCAAGCGACACAUCACAUCUCCUCUUGGGCAUCUUCCCACCCGCCGUCAGGACGGGACUGGCAGAGGCCCCUCCUUUUUCUCAUCUCCCUUCAACAAAGGGGAGGGGGCUGGGCCACAUCCUCGCUCCUCCUCCUCCAAGAAGGCAGCAAGGCCCUGGGACUCAGUUUCCCCCAGGUUGCCUCUGUCCAGAUGCCCAUUUACAGCCCAAGAUCACCACCCCAAACCUUUCCAGCCGAUGGCCUUGGACUUCGCUGGACUCUCACCCCUGAGAUGACCUGGGAGGAUGCGUCCCUGGUCACCUGGGCACUAAGGUGCCUAUGUGCCAGCUCUUCCGCCUGUGUCCUCAAGAGGGAGCCAGAGAGCACACGGCCGGCCUCGGUUGUGAGGGGCCCCAGCUGGAACGGGCUGUUCUGCCCUGCCUCCCCAGGGACCGAGCAUCCCCCAGACACGCAGUGAACUGCUGCCGCGGGGGCGGCAAACAGCCUCCACCUGGAACUUAAGGACUGCCAUCAGCACGGCACGGGGGGCCAAGACCCUGGAGGAUGCUCAUCUCGUGUCUCCCCGCACUCUGCUGGCUGACGGGAGAAGGCAGCCGAGUCCUCGCAGAAGAGUAAUCGUAUUUUUCCGAUUGCCCUCUGGUUAGGGUGCACUUAUAAAUCAAGAGUUAAUAUAUGGACGCGUGUGCAUGCGUAUGAGGGUGUGUGCGUGGUGGGGCGCGUUAGAGCGUGCAUGUGUGUGCGUGUGUGUGUCCGGGUGUGUGCGUCUGAGUGCAUGGUAGAACAGACGUAGAGGUGUGGCCCUGGACUUGUCGCUUUAUUGCCCACCCGGAUCAGAUCAAGGAUGCGAAGAAGCUUGCCGGAGGUGGGGGAGGGGGUGGCCACGGUCAUUGGCCGGGAGGAUGUGGCUGGGCCUUGCCCGGUGUGCCGCCCCAGAUGGAAGGCUGCCCUUCCGCCGGUUCCCAUCUGUCUCCCUCAUGCUGUCCAGACAAGCCCGGCCCGGAACCAAACUCUGUCCCUGCCCAGUUUGGGGUUCACAGUGUCUCAUUUGGUGGCAUCUUACUGGUGAAAGUUCCCCCCCACUUGUGAAAUAAAUACAUGUGAGCAAUUCCCAUCUCAG